AUCUCUCUCGGUGAGUAUUUUGAUGGCCUCUCAGAUAUUGUGUUUUCUUGUAUCUUCACCACACGCAACCAUCCUUUCGGUCGACUUCCGGUCGAUUUCGUGCCCCGUAAUUCAAUGUGUUCCGCUAAUUCGGAUCUUUUUGUAUCCAUGUUCCUGCCAAGUCUUUGAUGUUCCUUGA